AUUUUCCAAACAAACCACGGUUAUUGAGAUAUCAAAAUUCUUAUCUGUUAAGAUAAACGGAUUUGUGUUGUUUAAACUUCGAGUUCGAAUAUGAUAUUCGAAAUAUCUAAUGCACGACUCAAGAAGUUUUCUUAAAUUGUAGUCAGAUAUUUUGAUUUGAUUUCAUAUUUUUGUUAAUAUUCAAUCGUCGUGCGAAUGUAAAUAAUUUCGAAAAUACGAGCACUGUCAUUCAGACUUUAACGAGUGACAAUAAUGAUUUAGCGAUGCCGGUCACGAACUCGAACAAGUUCGUUACGAACAGCUUGCCAGAGUUUCUGUUGCUUGCAGCGCAACCGCCGGAAACUCUGUUCUCCAUGGACGCGGCGGUGUUGCGAGACCUCCAUUCGGUAAUCGUCUGUUACGACGUACAAGUUUUCUUCCGGAACCGUAGUGUCGCAGACGGGCCCGCUGUUAGCCUGGAUGAAUUCGUAUUGUAUUGUGAUAGCAAGAUACAGCCACAGUUUGUCGGCGGUCAAGUAGACGAUGGUCCUCGGAACGGUUACCGGUGCCUGAUGACUGUCAGUGAUCUGAUCCGGAUGGAACCGUGGGCCCAACUCUACGGUAUCGUCGGACCUCGCGUCAUGCGUCGCCUGCUGUUCGACUGUCUGCUGUUCGUACCGCUAGGCAAACACGUUUAUUACUGCGUGCAAUCGUCGUCACAGUCAACGAACCGGUACGAAGUGAUGCAGGCGUUCCGAGCCCGGGCCGGUGCACGGUGGAAGGCCGAGCGACCAUUGAAAUCGAAACCAUUACCGCAGAAAUACUUCAAUAUCGCGGGUCUACUACGGAAUGUGCAACAAAUCGGACGGCAGGAUUCGGCAAAGAUGUUGCGUGCUAUAAUAACCACCGACGUCAUCAGCGUAUCUGCCGACAGUUUGUCAAGCGCCAAUCAGGAAAUCGGUACCGCGGCAUGUCUUGACCGGCUAGCCCGAAAACUCAAAGUGAUUGCCGACAGGGACACUUCGCGCGUGUACUGGAACAUUUACCGAGACACGGUGGGCGAUUGCGCGUCGGCCGAGGUGCCAUUGAGCAGGGUCAAAUCGUUUGCCAGGGUCGUAGUGCAUAAAAUUGUGCCACGUGAGUUAUUUGGAACAGCCGGAAACCGCGACCAGUUCUGCGACAACCUGUGCCGAGUUUUGAACGGUGGCAAAUUCCAUGACUAUACGGUGGAGCACGUCGUGCACAAGAUCAAAGUGAAGAAGAUCAAGUGGUUGGAGAGCGUGGCCCCUGACCGGCGAGCCGAAAUCUUAGCCAAGACAUUGGUGUGGUUAACCAACGUGUUUGUGUUUGGUCGGAUCGUUCACUGUUUCCGAGUCGUUACGACCACCACGCCUAACAACGGAGUUGUGUACGUGGCCAAGGCUAAGUGGGCGGAUAUGUGCCACGAAAAGCUAUCGCCACUGAUGGCCGCCGACAGCGAAUUUUUCAGACAAAUCCAGCCCGACGAAGAGGAAGCAUCGUCGUCGUACAGGAACUGGAAAAUAUGCCCGUACGCUAAACCCAACGGAGUACGACUGAUAUUCAAGCUGCGGCGGAAAGAAGGUGGCAACGAGAAACGGCUGACCGACGACUGUCUGACAUUCUUGCGGUGCUUGUCACGCACCCGACCAUCCGAAUACCGGUCCGUAUCGAGGCCGGAGUUCUUCCGCGGAUGGAAGGCGCUCCAGGAAUCCCAGCGUCUGAUCUCCACCACCACGCUGUUCUUCGUGCGCACCGAUUUCCGGGAUGCAUUUACUAGCUUUGUGCACGACAAACUACGAACGGUAAUUCGGGACCGGAUCAAAGAACAUUUUGGCAAGAAGCAGCGGAUGGUGUCUGUGCACACAGUAGACGUGGUGAAAAUCGGCGGUGACUCCGUGUACUACAAGAAGAUCCGCUACGUGGGUGGACUACCAACUCCCGAGUUCCAAGGUGGGUCACUGGUUUUCCAUGACAAAACGGAAGUAGUACCGCUAUUCCGGAUCUGGGACACGGUGCGCCGGUGCAUCGGGUGCAACGCUGUGGAACGCCGCGGCUGCCGGUGGGGCAUGACCAGAGGCGUGGUGCAGGGCGACCGGCUGUCCGUGGCCCUGUGUGAUCUGCUGUUGUCCGACCUGCAUGCUACCCGGCUGACGGACCUGGUGGAUGGUCAGUCGGGCAGCCAGCUGUACCGGUUCGUCGACGACUACCURUUCGUUUCGCCCAACCGGAACGCCGCACUCCGGUAUUUGACUACAAUGCGAGCCGGGUUCGACGAGUACGGACUCCGACUGAAUCGGUGCAAAACCGAGACGAACGUGGACAACGGUGGCGUCGGCGGUGGAACAGUUAAGUUUUUGGGGUUUCGGUUGAACGUGGCCACGGGUGAGGUGGCCAAGGACUUGUCUACGUACCGGAAUCGACGGCCGCUGCACUUCUUCGACUAUAAACUGGGCCGUGGCCAGCCGGGCCGGGCUCUGUACGCCAAGGCCAGCCGGCCUAGCUGGCUCACCUUGCCCUCCGUUCUGAUUGGCAAGUCUUUCAACUCGGCGGCCACGGUGGCCCGGAAUGUGGCGUCCGUAGUUGCGUACAAGGCAUUCGCCAUCGUCUCGGCCGUCAAGCAGUACUUCUUACACCUGAACCCUGUGUUCCUUGCCAACACCGUUCGUGGCAUCGCGCGGAUCGUGUAUGCAAACGCGCGCGCUGUAAUCCAUUACUCGGCAGUCACGCCCAUGCAGUGCAAGUGGAUCGUAUACGAAGUGUACGCCACCAUGUUCCACACACAUUUCUCGCCAAACGACCGCCGUGUCGCGUUAGCCGUGCACCGAAUCCGUGACAUGCAGACCGCCGUUGGGAGAAAGUGCGUGACUCGCAUCCUGGCGGCCGCCCUUAGACGUUACAAUUACACCAAGAUGUUCGGAUGACCAAAACAUUUCACCCCAGUCCUCUACCUCCAUACUGGAGCCGUGAUAAUUAUUUGUGAUGUUAUUGAUACUGUAUUUUUUAAUAUGUUAUUGUUAUUAUAUUAUAGCACUAUGAGACUAUGUUGUCACUCAAUAGUCUAUUUAAAAGUUAGAUGGUCACAUAGACAAUAUAAGACUGUAUAGAGCUCCUCCUAUAUUAACAAAAUAAGAGGUCGUGGUCCGUAAUUUAGAUUAGAAAUAGGCUGCUUUUUUAGGGCACUCAUUCCAAAGGGUUUUAUCAUUAAUUGUAUUUGUUAUAUUAUAAUUAUUAAGACCUCUCGAUACCUCAAAAUAUCAAAAUGUUCAUUCUCGUGCAUAAAUUCCGGUAAUAUAUAAUUUUUAUCUUUUUCAUGGUAUAGUUUUUUUUUUUUUUUUAAAUUUGAGUGGGAGGGUUAUUUCAAACUCUUUCCCCUUCGUUGAUACGCCACUAAUGACAAACCACACCAUAUAUUCUAUGAUAAU